UACUGCGAUACUGCUCGUUGCUCAUUGCGAGCGCACGUUCGAGCUUCGUUUUGCGGGAGCAGGGCUUUAUCCGACAUACUCAAUAUAAAGUAGCAGCAACAGCUACGAAUGAGCAGAACUGACCGAACGUCCUGUCCUCCCGCAUCACUCGAGACAGCAUCACCAAGAUGGCAUCUACCACCGGCACCUCCAACGCCGUCGCGGGACUUGUCGGCGUCCUCGAAGGGAUGCUGGACAAGUCGUACGGCGUGCCAGCCGUGAGCCUUCUGGGAAGGAUUAUCGCAUCUAGCAUCGUCCUUGUGAACACCGUUUCGAAACUGCAUGACCGACCGCGCAGCACUCACCUCGCGGAUCGGGUGGUAGACUUGGUGAGGCAUGUCAAGGAGAGCGUGACGUCCGACCCGGAUGCCGCAGACAGUGACAUCGUGCAAGCGGAUCUUGCUGCCCUCGACUCAACGUUACAGCACAUCGAGCGUGGAAUCUCCGAAGAACUAUCGGGCAAGAACUGGAUGUGGAAGCUGAGAAACCUCCUGCCCCGCGCCAGACUCGGAAGUCAGCUCGAGAAACAUCUCGAGACGCUGGACAGUGCGAAGAAGGCUUACGAUGUGAGUCAAGGGCAAAUGCCGAUAUAGAUGUCCCACUGCUGAGCUGACAGCACUAGAUCGACAAGCUCAUCGUGCGCCGACAGAGUUUGGAACGCCAGCGUUAUGGGCGUUCGAGCGCGGUGCAAAUCCACAGCGAUACGAGCUCGAUGCAGCUCAGGGUCACGGCGCACAAGAGCUGGCUGCGGCAACGCGAGGUAUCGGCUCAGUUCGACAGC